ACCACACGCACCACCACCACCACCACACGCACCACCACCACCACCACACGCACCACCACCACCACACGCACCACCACCACCUCACGUGUUGUCGAGACAAUCUCGUGAAGAUGACGACCAACUUUCACGCCAACCCGGGCAAGUCCCCGAGACCGCAGCUGUCCAUGGUGAACGACGGCUUGAUGAGGCUCAGCAAGGAAGAGCUCGUUCGCAUCGUGCGAAGCCGACAGCUCCCGCAAGGACCUGCCGGGACCUCCGCCACCACCGCCGGAGCAGGAGGAGUAGACCAAGAGCAGCAGCAGCAGCAGCUGUCGGCGCUGCGUAGCGAGAACGCGCGCUUUCGGAAGGAGAACGAAGAUCUGAAAGAGGUGUGCUGCUUUCUGGACGAGGAGAGGCAGAGAUUCCGCAAGGCUGCCCGCGAGUGGCACCGCUUCGGCCGGGGCUGGGCGGGCACCUUGCAGGUGCAGCUGCAGGAGACGCAGCACAAGCUGCGCCAGCUGGAUCUGCGGCAGGAGGCGCUGCUCAAGGAGAACACAGACCUCAAGGAGCUGUGCCUGCACCUGGACGCGGAGAGGGGGCGCGGCGGUGGCGGGGGCGGCGCUCCGGGCAGCCGCAACUCGCUGGACAGCCAGGGCAGCGUGGGCAGCGCUAGCGCAGCGCCGGGCACACGUGACACGGGCGACGGCAGCAGCAGCCCGCCGUUCCCGCAGGCCGCAUACGGCGGCGGCGGCGUUGGGAUUGGCGGCGGUGGCGGAGGAGUCGGUGGAGGUGGCGGGAUGCUGGGGCCGCAGAGCGAGACGGAUCGGGGCACCUCGGCACCCAGCCACCACCGCAGCAUGCCCAUGCUUCUGGAAACGUCCGACGGUUACAGCCAUCUCACCCAGAACCGGAGGAUUCUGUCAGAAAUGGACACAAGACCUCGGACCCAGCUCCCCACUUUGACUGGAGGCGGCGGUGGUCUGGUGGGGGGGCGGCGAGUGGGAUCUGCUUCUCACAUACCGGGCCUGGGUCGGCCCACAGCCUCCUCCUUCGCUCCUCAGUACGGCGGCACCAGUCGAGAAGAAAUGCGGGGAGGAAUUGAUGAAGGCUCUUCCCCCGAGAUCAGUGAGCAGGAGAAGGCCAAAGUGAGAGAGAUGUGUAACAUGGUCCUGCGAAAGCUGGGGACUGGAGGCCCAGCCCCUAAGUCGAGCAUUUUCCAGAAUCUGGACAGCGGACAUCACAGCACCAGCUCUUACUGACGGCUGCAAACCUGUGGCCUACUCUGCCAGCUGCCUUUUCACUUUACCGGGACUCUGUCCAGUCGCGUGAAACACACCGAGUACUGUCUUGCCUGCAUUUGUCAUUUGAAGCACUGCAAUUUAAGAUUCGCUUUCACUGAAGGUGUUUUAUGAAACCGGUCGCUGGUGGCGGACGUAUUGAAUUCAGAAUCAGAAACUUGAUUUACACCGGAGGAGGGAUCCGAUGAGUUAUGAAGCUUCUUUUUAAACAGAUGUCCCAGUAGGGGCGGGUCAGCGAGUUCCAACAACAAACAAAACAACAAACCGACCGCAGUUAUUGAGCUCCGUUUUCUACGUGAAGCUUUCCAGGCGAAGCCAGUGGCACUCGCGCGCUGACCAAACGUUAUCUGAGAAGCACAAAAGCCGCCAAGUGGAUCUGUGGUUGGACGAAAAACGCCGCCAUGCAUCGCUUUGUGCCAUCAUUCGGAUGUCCCGGUGACCGGUGCUCGCUGCUGAAUGUUGCUCGGACGCCAAGGGAUUUAAUCGUUGAUUCAGGUAGUUUAUCCCUUUGUCGAGUUACUACUGUAUAAAUAUAUAAUCCUAUCAUUAUUAUUUUGGGUUUCGUUAGGUCCUCGGGUUGAAUUUAUUUUUCUACGAUAAAAUAUAAACAAAAAAAUAAUCACAGUGCAAUAUUACAACGUUGCAAUAACAAGUGAGAGCGUGGCCAAUAUCCAACUCGCACACACAUCCUGCUCUCUCGCUGUCCAACGGUUCGGGCUUAUGCCUUCGAGUGCAUCCCUGCUGAGUGGAUCGGGUUGUGGUGCGUCCCGUGUUCAUUGUAGUAACUAUUAUUUACGAGAGGAAAGUUCCCUUCGCUGAGCGACGCCCCCCCCCCCCCAUAGCCCCCCACCCCUGGGUGCCCCCCCCCCCACUUCCAGAGGCCCCCCACCUCAUGCGCCAGGCAUGAAGCAACGGGGAGGGAGCCAAUGAGAAGGAGGCACGAUGGGCGAACGCAUGGCCUCCGACCGAUCAGAAUUCCUGUGGUGAACGACGACACAACCACGGCAAUCGAUAACGCCUGGUAAAGAGACAGCUUUAAAUACAGCUCUGUUUAAUGAUGAGAAGCCUCAACCACCACCACCACAACGGGACAAUGCAUGCGGGCUGGAAGAAAGCAGGCAAGGUCCCAGAGCAUUGCAAAGGGUGGCCCAGAUGUCUUGUGACGCCCCCAAUUAAUUUACCCCUAAUUAUUUUCUUCCCUUUGCAUAUUCAUUUUUGUUUUGAAUGAACUUUAAAAAAAAAAAAAUUUAGAUUAUUGAGGGGGCAGGGGGGGUGUUCACAAGACAUCUGGACCACCCUGUACUAUACACGUAAUCACAACUCAACCCAUACAGUUGACCCCAUAUUUUUGUACAGGGAAAUAAGAGUUUGCAGAUCCAUACAGCGUACAGCCGUUUCAAUACGGGCAAACAUUUGUGUGUGCCUAUGUUUCCCGCUUGCAAUGGGGACUUUGUCGGAUGAGCGUUGAGAUGUUUCAGGGGUGACCAAUGAGGUCGGAAUUGGUCUGUAAUAAAGUAGGCACUGGUCAGGAGUUGACAGGGUAUGCGUAAUGUGGCGGACACAUGACACGCAUGCCAGGCAUUGUGGGAGUCGUGCCUUCCUGCUGUUUGUGAGCAGUACACAUUUUUCUUGCUAAUCCACAAACGGGAGUGUUCGGACACCAGAGACGUCUCGGGUUGCCACCAGUCCCGGUUUUCACAGGAUCAUCACCAGAGGUCGCAAACGGGUUUUGAUUCCUUACCCAUACCCGGCCGCACCAGGGUCGCAAACGGGUACCCGUACCCUACCCGAAAUGAUUGACAAACAGUUACUCACCGGUGACUCACAGCCUUCCCGUACCCGUACCCAGCCGCAUCAGGGUCACAAACGGGUAUCGGGUAGGGUACGGGUACCCGGUUGCGACCUCUGAUCAUCACUGAUGGAGCUAUCCCGGAAAAAGUCCUCCCGGGACAUGAAAUUCCCCGAUGUGUAUCAGCUGUGUAUUCACACACAUGUCCUUUGAGUUUCUCAUCAAUUAUUGUCGAAGAAACCAGGAAAAGGACCUCAUUAAAUAUCUUAUAACCCCGCGCAAACAAUACCGGUGUAAAACGUGUAAAUAUAGCAUCACUUGUAAAGCGUGUGACGAUAUUCUGGGGUAAAUAGAAGUGCUUGGAUUAUCCUAACGCUCCGUGAUGCGACUGCCAAACAGAGCCUGACGUUCAGGACGAUCUCGCGCGCUCCUGAUGAACACGUGACGCACCACGUGCUUACCUGCCUGUGUAUGUGUGUGUGUCACCGCUCAGAAAUUGUCGCGUGAUAUUUUAUUCUCCGUGUUUUAUCAAAAUAAAUUUCACAAAAUGCUGAAAGGGGCUCUGAAAUAUUCAAAGGUUUCUGACAAAAGGACAUGACUGUUUACGUGAGAUAUUGCCUGUACCUUGUGAUUCGAGUUGCUAAUGUCCAGCAACAAGAUUGUGUUGUUCCACAUUUACC